CCUCUUUUACCGCCGGAAGCGGCCGCCGAUUCGCCAGAAAAAAGGUUCCCCAAAGGGUAGCACUAUGGAAUACUUCGGGGACAAGCAAAGCAACUCGAGGGGGGAUAUCGUAUCUAUGGAGGAGGAGCCGGAUAAGGUAUACCGACGCCGAGCCCGCAAAUUGGAUGGAGAUGGAGGGAGGAGGGGGAAGAGAAGAGAUAGCGUUCUUCGACGUGGAGACGACGUUGCCGGGGCGGGGGGGUGGGAUAGGAUAUUCGCUGCUGGAGUUCGGGGCGAUCCUGGUGUCACCGCGGCAACUGGUGGAGGUGCGGAGCUACUCCACCCUCAUCCGCCCGGCCGACCCGUCCGCCAUCGCCUCCACCUCCGUCCGCUGCAACGGCAUAAACCCGGAGACCGUGGCCUCGGCGCCCUCCUUCCCCGAGGUCGCCGACCAGGUCUUCGCUAUCCUCCACGGGCGGGUGUGGGCGGGGCACAACAUCGCGGGGUUUGACUGUGCGGUGAUAAGGGAGGCGUUUGCGGAGAUUGGACGAGCUCCGCCGGAGCCCAAGGGGAUCAUUGACACCCUCCCGUUGCUGGCCCAGAGGUUUGGGAGGAGGGCCGGCGACAUGAAGGCUUCGGGAGACUUCAUUCCAUUUUUGAAUCUGUAUUAUAUAAUUCAAAAGACUUGGUUGGCUAGUUUGGCAUCUUAUUUUGGUCUUGGUCAACAGAAGCACAGGAGCUUAGAUGAUGUCCGAAUGAAUAUCGAAGUUCUCAAGUGCUGUGCUACAGUGUUGUUCUUGGAGGCAAGUCUCCCAGAUGUAUUUUCUAUCAAGACACCUGAGAUGUUCUGCACCAUUAUUCCUGCUUCUGAGGGUUGCAACAGUUUCGCUGGAUUUCUAGAGCCUGAUGAAGUCUCAGUGCAGGAUAUCAGUGCAUCCAUAGUCCCUUCCAGUCAUUGUGAUCACAAAUUACUUAUACAACACAGAGAUGGCCCUCUACAGCUUUGUUGCAUGGGACUGAGAGUCCAAUUUGGGCCAAGUAGAAAAUUUAUGGACCAUGCUGGCCGGCCAAAACUGAAUAUAGUGGUUGAUAUCCCAGAAAGUCUAUGCAAGGUUUUGGAGGCCUGUGACCUUCUUGCCCAAAAAUCAUCUCAGAAUUCUAGUAGCAGGUCUGAGUGGAAACCUGUAAUAAGGAAGGAUGGCUACCCAAAUUCUAAUAGCAUUCGAUUGCACAUACCCAUAGUGGCAAAUGGUGAUGCUGCUACCUACUCAACAGAGAUAUACCAGAAGCUGUCUGGAAACAUGCUGAAGCUUGUGUUCGCCAAGUAUGAUGACGUCGCGCUUGAUUCCUUAUUUGUUCCAGGAACUUGUGUAGAUGCCUAUUUCUGUGUAGAGACGUAUGCUUAUGAGCAGUACGCUGGAAUCAGGCUAGUAGCAAAAACACUGAUUCUUCAUUCUAAGCAAUCAAUUAUUUGAGUGGCAGGGGGAAAAAAAAUAUCAUGUCCUAAUUAGUGUUCAUGGCGGAAAUUAUGUAAAUUACUCUAGAAACCACCAACAAUGAUGUCAUUAAUGUAACAGUAGACACUGUAUUCAUUGAAAAUGAAAAGAUUAAUCUGUUGAAUUAAUUUC